AUGCAAAAUCCCAACCUUCUCUAUACCAACUAUUUAAUCUGUGUUAUGGUAGGCCUUCGUGGUAGUGUCGUAGAAUGUAAUAAAUUUGUGGAAAGUCUUGGCAGUUCAAUCAUUUCCAAAUCAUCAUCUCUUCUCUCCUCUCAAGAAUCACUCUUUCUCAAUAGUUCAUUCCUAUCAGAACAACGUCGUCGUCAUGGUGGUGGUGGAGGUGAAUUUAAAUUCAGAAUGAAUCAGAGAAUUGCAUUCCUUCAAGGAAAUUCAUUCACUCAAUGGUCCAAGAAUGAUUAUUUUAAAAAUGUUAAGGAAUUUAAUUAUGGUACUUUUGAGAAUGGUGUGAAAGAAUUCUCGAGAGCAGAUCAACUUUACAUUUUGAAUGAGAAGGAACAAUUGGAAUCAGGUGGAUAUGAAGCGAUUUUAUUAUCAUGGAGUAAAGUUGACAUGUCAUACAAGAGAGAGAAGGUAAUUGAGAAUUUGAAAAGGAAUUUUAAAGAAUUUGAAUGA